AUGCGCAAGAUAGUUAGAUAUACAUUCUUCAAAUUUAAAGAGGAAGAAGCCCGCCCUGUUUUUCGAUGCUCAUUCAAGAUUAAUGCGGUUUGGACAUUUCGCUUCAUCAUGCAGCCUGACUUCUACCCUCUGUCAGAUAUUCUCGAGGUUGCCAGUGUGCACCCUUUCUACUCCGACGCUGAAUACCCUCCAACACGAGAAGAAAUACCGGCUAUAUUAGAAUCCUCCCGGCUGAAACGUGAAGACGUCCAACUCAGGUCAUUUCCGGUAACACGAAAGGACUCUCUAUACCGCCACAUCUCUCGACUUACAGUAGACAAGGAUCCACGAAAUGGCUACCGCCAGGGCACCUAUAUUAGCACCACAGGGGGCGGAUCAGGGGGUCCACCUAUGGUCUUCGCGACAGAUUGUCUCGAAAAUCGGCGACAGCGUGCCGUGAUAGGAAACUUACUGAGGGAGUGUGGUCUGAUAGAACGGGGUGACUGGGUACUCACAUUACACGUAUCAGGCCAUUUGUACCGGGCAAUAGACUUGAUGACGGAACUCUUCGAAAAUGCAGGCGCCGCCGUCUUGUGUGCGGGCCCUGAAAUGCCUCACCAAGCUGUGGUGGAGGCCCUCAUUCAGUUUCGAGCAAAUGCAGUUGCUGGGGAUGUCAGUCAGCUCCUCCAGCUAGCAAAUUAUUUGACCACCCUUGGAAGUGAGCAGAGGAAGGAAAUUUCGCUCAACAAGGCCAUUUAUACAUCCGAGUCCAUGACUGCAUCGCAAAGAGAAUUUCUAAUUUCGGUUUUUGGAGACAUCAACAUCUGCUCAGUCAUUGGCAGCGCGGAGGCAGGGCCUUGGGGUGUCUCAAGCACCGCAUUGAUGGAAGCUCCCAAAGGCAACUAUACCGACUUCAUCGUCGAUAAGCGCACGAUUUGCUUAGAGGUCCUUCCAUUUUCGGUUGGCGAGGAAUCACAAAAGACAUCCUGUUCGCUCACCUCGUGUACAGAGCAUGUUCCCUUAGGCCAGCCAGGUCUCUUGGUACAGACUUCCUUGCAGCGCCUGCGCAAUCCUCUGGUUCGAUACUUGUGUGGUGACGUGGCAUCUCUUCAUCCUAUGUCUCCGGAAUUGCUCGAAAGGCUUCCUAAACAGUACACCGAACAUUACCAACUGGUUCGAAUCUACGGCCGCGAUCAGCGCUCCAGCUUUACAUGGUAUGGCGAGUAUUUCGAUUUUAAGGCCGUUCAGACCUUUAUGCGCAACGACCAGUGGAAUAUCAUCCAGUGGCAGAUCAUUCUACAACACGCAGAUCGCAAGGGGGCGGGUACAAUGCUCGACGUGCGAGUUCUACGCGGGCUGCACAUAGCAGAGAGGCAUGCUAGUAAGGAGGACCUUACAAAGAAAAUGAUGGAGUUCUUUUGGGUAUUUGAUUUCAAUCGCGAUUUGUUUAGUUUGACAUUUGUCUCGGAACCAGGGGGGAUUCUUACGGAGCAAGACGGGACGAAAGGUCAUGCAGUUCGUUGA